GUUUCCGUGUGUGAUUCAAGAGGGCUGACUGACGGAAGCAAUGUCAGGGUAACGUCCGCCGUCCAGCAUAGACAAGGACGAGCUAAGUGUAUCAACCAUGGCUGCCGGCGCGCAGGCCUCGAAGGUUUUAUCGUUGUACAAAAGGAUUCUCGUGCUGCAUCGCUUCCUGCCAAUACAUUUGAGAGCCCUCGGUGACAACUACGUGAAAGACGAAUUCCGAAGACACAAAAACGCUUCGCCCGAAGAAGUGAAGGGCUUCAUGAGAGAAUGGGAAAACUACAAGGACACACUGCAGUCGCAAGUUCUGGAAUCAGUCAGAGACCAAAACGGCUCUCUGAAAUUCGGGCACAACAUCCCGGUGGAGAAAUUAAAAGACUUCCAAGAUGAGCAAAUAGGACAACUGUACGAGCUACUGCUCGAAUCCACCAAACCUAAUAAUCAGUUUAAUAUUCAGGAAGACAAAUGAACCAGCAGAACCCGUGUGCCCCGUGGGGAGCCCGUUCUACAGUUUGAUUCCGAGUUGAUCAUAGAUGCGAAGAAAAUACACAGAUCAUCAUAGCUUUCCUGUCGAGCCUCAAUAAUCCACAUGGAAGUAAGAAACUGUCCCGAGGCAAUGGUGUCGAUGUCCUCAUUACUUUCAGUGUAUGUAUUUACUCUGCACCUCUGAAAAUCAAUGGGUGAGCCCUACCUCGGAUUGACUUGGCUACCUCACGUCUGACUUUACUAAUCUUUUGUUAACCCUUAAAUUGUCCGAUGAAGUUGUAUGGCUGUCUGGUUCAUAUUCCAUGUUCAUGUGCAAUAAACUUCAGAUGGCCGCCCACA